GGCGGGGAUGCGCAGCCCGCGGCGCCAGGAUGCGGGAGGGGAGCGCGGGCGGCCGCGGCGCGGAGAACCGGACGGGCGCCGAGCCCCCGCUGCACCUGUUCCCCGUGCCCGUGCUCACCGGCAUCACCGUCGCCUGCGUCCUGCUCUUCGUCAUCGGGAUCAUCGGCAACCUCAUGACCAUGCUGGUGGUGUCGCGGUUUCGGGACAUGAGGACCACCACCAACUUCUACCUGUCCAGCAUGGCCUUCUCCGACCUGCUCAUCUUCCUCUGCAUGCCCCUGGACCUCUUCCGCCUCUGGCAGUACCGGCCCUGGAACUUCGGGAACCUCCUCUGCAAGCUCUUCCAGUUCAUCAGCGAGAGCUGCACCUACUCCACCAUCCUCAACAUCACGGCGCUCAGCGUGGAGCGGUACGUCGCCAUCUGCUUCCCCCUGCGAGCUAAAGUCAUCAUCACCAAGGGGAAGGUCAAGCUGGUCAUCCUCUUCCUCUGGGCCAUCUCCUUCAUCAGCGCCGGCCCCAUCUUCAUCCUGGUGGGGGUCGAGCACGAGAACGGCACGAACCCCCUGAGCACCAACGAGUGCCGAGCCACAGAGUACGCCAUCCGCUCGGGGCUGCUCACCAUCAUGGUCUGGACCUCCAGCAUCUUCUUCUUCCUGCCCGUGUUCUGCCUGACCGUGCUGUACAGCCUCAUCGGGAGGAAGCUCUGGAGGAGGAAGAGAAAGAACAUCGGUCCAAACACUGCCAUCAGGGAUAAGAACAACAAGCAAACUGUGAAAAUGUUAGUCGUGGUGGUAUUUGCGUUCAUACUCUGCUGGUUGCCUUUUCACGUAGGACGGUACUUAUUUUCCAAAUCCUUCGAAGCCGGAUCCCUGGAGAUAGCAGUGAUCAGCCAGUACUGCAACCUGGUGUCCUUUGUCCUCUUCUACCUUAGCGCAGCCAUCAACCCCAUCCUCUACAACAUCAUGUCCAGGAAGUACCGCGUGGCCGCCUGCCGCCUGUUCGGACUCCGCGCCCUGCCCAAGCAGAGCCUCUCCAGCAGCAAGCAGGGCAGCUCCCGCGGCUGGACAGAGCCCAGCGUCCUCACAUGACACCAGGCACCCCAGCACCACCCGCCGAGCCCCCCAGGAAGCCAUAACGGGAGGGGAAGAGGGCAAGGAACGGGAAUCCCAAGGCUGAGAGCGCCACUGCGGUCAUCACCCCGACGGGCGGAGAGGCGCGGUGCAGGCAGUUAAAGGUCUGAGGGAAAAAACCUGAAGUUUGGGACUCUGAGAGGAGAGAGGCGGUCACAGAAUUUGGCAACGGUCCAGGUGUUAUUUUUGUGCUGCUUUUGCCCGUUUGAUUUUUUAAUGCUGACUUUAGCCCAGACCUAGGCUGUGCCGUCCUGGCCAGGCAAA